CCCAAGUGUCAGCUUUCAUCGCACGGGGGAGCCUUGGCUAUCGUGCGUUCCAUAAUGACACCCAGAGAGACACAGGUGAUCGAAUCUCCUCAUCCAAGGGUUGUGGGCUUCCUCCAGGAUGUGAUCACAGAGCCUGAUACUGUAUCUCUCUACUGAUGGCUGUUACUUGGCGCUUAUAUGUGGAUACAGUUCCAAUUGCUCUAGGGCAUAAAGGAAGUAAAAAGCAUGUUGGAUUGAUUAUGACAAGACUUUAUAGAUCUUGAAUAUCAAACCUAUGGACUAAUUAUUAUAGACUGAUAAUCUAUAUUGUCUGGUUCAGAAAAGUACCUUCACCUGCAAAAAUGGGAAAUCAUCUACCUUCCGGUGCAGCCAUGGUUCGAUUCUGUCACAAACUAAAUAGAGUUAAGACGCUGGAAGAUGACUUAAUGGAAACAUCACUGAAAAGAUGCCUGUCCACGGUUGACCUUACCCUCUUAGGUGUGGGUGGUAUGGUUGGGUCUGGCCUGUAUGUACUAACAGGUACAGUUGCUAAAGAGAUAGCAGGUCCAGCUGUCAUCCUAUCAUACCUUAUCGCUGGCUUUGCCUCCUUGCUAGCUGCUUUUUGUUAUGCCGAGUUUGGUGCAAGAGUGCCAAAGACUGGAUCUGCCUAUAUGUUUACUUAUGUUUCUGUUGGUGAGAUUUGGGCCUUUCUGAUCGGAUGGAAUGUAAUACUGGAAUAUAUGAUUGGUGGAGCGGCAGUGGCAAGAGCAUGGAGUGGCUAUCUGGACUCAAUGUUUGAUCACAAAAUAAAAAACUUUACUGAAACCCACAUUGGUUCUUGGAAUGUCCCAUUCCUAGCGCAUUAUCCUGAUUUCCUAGCUGCAGGAAUCUUGCUGAUUGCCACUGCAUUAAUUUCUUUUGGAGCCAAAGUGUCCUCAUGGCUUAACCACAUUUUUGCUGGUAUCAGUAUGGCAAUCAUUCUAUUCAUUCUAAUCUUUGGCUUCAUCCUUGCAGAACCAAAAAACUGGGGUCAUGAAUAUGGUGGUUUUGCUCCUUAUGGAUUCUCUGGUAUCAUGUCUGGCACUGCCACAUGCUUUUAUGCCUUUGUUGGCUUUGAUGUAAUAGCAGCAUCCACAGAGGAAGCCAGGAACCCUCAAAAAGCUGUUCCAAUUGCAACAGCUGUCUCUCUGGGUCUUGCAACAGCAAUCUAUGUUUUGGUGUCCGCAGUAUUAACAUUAAUGGUACCUUGGAACUCCCUUGUGCCAGACUCUGCUCUUUCUGAUGCAUUUUACAGACGUGGCUAUUCAUGGGCAGGAUUUAUUGUUGCUGCUGGUUCCAUCUGUGCAAUGAAUACUGUUCUUCUGAGUAAUCUUUUCUCCCUCCCGAGGAUUGCCUAUGCAAUGGCAGAAGAUGGCUUAUUUUUUCAGUUUUUCGCCAAAGUAAACCCAACCACCAAAGUACCAAUCAUUGGCAUUGUAGUUUUUGGAAUUUUGAUGGCAUUUUUAUCCCUUAUCUUUGAUCUGGAAGCUCUAGUGCAGUUUCUGUCUAUUGGCACACUUCUGGCCUACACUUUUGUUGCAGCAAGUAUUAUUGUGUUGAGAUUCCAGCAAGAGAAAACAGAACAGUCCCACCCAGAAGACCAUGAACCAAAAUCCCAACCAUUACCCAUUAGAGCUGCUAAUGAAAGGAUUGUUGGAGAGGAAAUGAAGGAAUAUGAGUCCUUUUCAGAUAAACUCCAGCUGGUAGAGACUCAGAAAAAAGCUAAGGAACGAAGAGAAACCGGACACCUAAAAGCAGUCUUCGAGCCAUACUUGAAGUUCUUGAGUGACUUUUAUCCUGGGGAGGUAGUCACCAUAGCAGUGGUGUUGCUGAUGGUCUUCUCUAUAUGUUUGUGUUCCGUUCUAGUAUUUGGAACCACUCAUUUACAUCUCCCCACGUGGUGUUUUUAUUUACUACUUGUUAUAUUUUUGAUUGGGUUUUUAGUCAGUCUGUUUUUUAUUUGGGUCCAUGAACAACAGAAGAAAAUCGCAACAUUUGAGGUCCCAUUAGUCCCACUGAUUCCUGCUACGAGUAUACUUUUGAAUGUAUAUCUCAUGCUUAAACUGAACUACAUGACAUGGAUUCGAUUUAUGGUGUGGUUAGCUCUUGGUCUGAUCGUGUAUUUUGGUUAUGGCAUCUGGCACAGCAAAGAAAACUUGCACGACUCCAAGAGUCAUGGAGUCACAGCUCGUUAUGUUGUCUUUCCAAGCAGCAGUAUGGAAGAAACUGUUCAGCAGAUCCAACCAAACACACAGGACUCCAUGGGAAGGGCUGAGAUUAUUGAUGAUGAAAUGCAAAAUAGAUGAUGGCUUUGAAAACUGAAUGUCUUUACAGUAAAAGGACUUCUAUGUAAUAGUGUAUCUGGGUCACAUGGAAUUUGUCAUCUGCACUGAGAAAUUAGAGAACUACUGAACCGUAUUUUAAUUAUUUUUUUUAAGCGCUUUAGAUGUGUUACUUGUUCAUUAUCCAUAUAACCAUGUCCUGAAACUGUUCUCAAACAGAAAAUCUAAUUUUUACAAACAUUCGGAUAUAGGAAAACGUUGUGGCAACACAAACUAAAAGAAUUGGGUUGUUAAAGCACAAAAAACACUUUUAACCGUGUCAGUGCCAGAGGGAUGAGCAACGCACCUCUCAAUUUAUUUCAAGCAUUGCAUUCCUGUACAAAUGUUAUAAUGUUUGAAUUACGCAUAUUAUUUAUAAAAUUGUAGCAUUAAUGUACAGAAGAUAAAUGAGCAGACCUGCACUAAAUUGAUAAAUAUAUAUAUAUAUAUAUAAACGAAAAGUGAAAAUCCUUUAUUUAUUUCUCAAAUAGCUUUUUAAGGGCCACCAACCUUUGUGAUAGAUGUACUCACAACCCAGUGCUGAGAAAUAAAUUGUUUGAAAAUAUUGCUCUCUCCGCAUUUUACGGUUCUUCUUUUCUAUGUAAUAUUCUAACAUUCAAGUUAAUGGUUACCAUAAAAGUAUGGUUUUUUGGGGUUUUUUUUUUUUUUUUCAAAUUCUAAGUUUCUAAAUGUCAUACUAUAUUUUACAAUAAGAGUAUAUAUGCAGUGAUUUUAUUCCACAACAAAGCUGGUCUGAUCUGACUGAUCUUUUGAAGUAGAGUAAUAGAAUACAGUAAUAAGAGGUGCACCAGUACAAGGAUCAUGUAAUUAGAAAUACUCAAAGAAAAAUAUGCUAAAUAGUAAGGUCCUAUACCCUAAAAGACCAAAUGACCUAGAAAAAAAAUGUAAUACAUACAAUAUCAGAAGCAUUUUAACUCUUAAAGGGACAGUAUAGACACCAGAACCACCCCCGCUGAAUGUAAUGAGUCUGGUGUCAAUAGCCUGUUGCAGCAGCCUUAGAACUGUAAAUACUGUGUUUUCAGAGAAAAGGCAGUGUAUACAUUGCUGGCUACAGCACUAGUGGCCUUCAGCAUGCAUGGAGACAUUCAGGGUUCUCCACAGAAAUGCAUUUCUGAUGGGAAGGCAUUGAUUGGCUAUGAUCAUCAAUGUUGAUGAUCUCAGUCAUGGAGGUAGGGCCAGCCACAUUGAGACCUGCGGGGAAAAAAGGUGAGUAAAAUUACCUUUAAACUCCACAGAGAGGGGGGUCUGGAAAUCUAAACAGUGAUUCCUGCACUAUAGUGUCAGGAAUACAUGUUUGUAUUGCUGACCAUAUAGUGUUUUUUUAAUACCUCAUUCCAAAUGUAAUUUGGUUAUUAUAAGUGGAAA